CCACUGGGAAGCGAGGCCGAGCGGUCAGCCGCUCGAAUGCAGCCUCGGGGAUCGGGGCAGUGCCACGCGUGUUCACGAUACCCACUCCGGGGUCUCAGAGCUUCGUGCCUGUCCUGCCUGCUCUAGCGACUUCGGAGAGUGGCUCCUUCUAUGCCCUUUCCGUCUGAGAAAUGAUGACAGUCACUUUCUUCAUAGCAUUGUGGGGACUAAAUAAUCCAGUCGGCCACCAUCCCUCUGUUCAUGAAAAACAAAGAUGUUGCUGCGGAGGCUGUGACAGGUAGUGGGAAAACCCUGGCCUUUGUCAUCCCCAUUGUGGAGAUUCUUCUGAGAAGGGAGGAGAAGUUAAAGAAGAGCCAGGUCGGAGCCAUCAUCAUUACUCCCACUCGGGAGCUGGCCAUUCAGAUUGACGAGGUCCUUUCGCACUUCACAAAGCACUUCCCACAGUUCAGUCAGAUCUUGUGGAUCGGAGGCCGGAACCCUGGAGAAGAUGUGGAGAGGUUCAAGCAGCAUGGUGGGAACAUCAUUGUGGCAACCCCAGGCCGCCUGGAGGACAUGUUCCGGAGGAAGGCUGAGGGUCUGGACCUGGCCAGCUGUGUGAGAAGCUUGGAUGUCCUGGUGCUGGAUGAGGCAGACAGACUUCUUGACAUGGGCUUUGAAGCAAGCAUAAACACCAUCCUGGAGUUCUUGCCAAAGCAGAGGAGAACAGGCCUUUUCUCAGCCACGCAGACACAGGAAGUGGAGAACUUGGUGCGAGCGGGCCUCCGGAACCCUGUCCGAAUCUCCGUGAAGGAGAAAGGCGUGGCAGCCAGCAGUACCCAAAAGACCCCAUCCCGCCUAGAGAACCAUUACAUGAUAUGUAAGGCAGAUGAGAAAUUCAAUCAGCUGGUCCAUUUCCUUCGGAACCAUCAGCAGGAGAAGCACCUGGUCUUCUUCAGCACGUGCGCGUGUGUGGAGUACUACGGGAAGGCCCUGGAGGCGCUGCUCAAGAGAGCCAAGAUCCUGUGCAUCCACGGGAAGAUGAAGUACAAGCGCAAUAAGAUCUUCAUGGAGUUCCGCAAGCUGCAGAGUGGGAUCCUGGUGUGCACGGAUGUGAUGGCCCGGGGAAUUGAUAUUCCUGAAGUUAACUGGGUUUUACAGUACGACCCUCCCAGCAAUGCCAGUGCCUUCGUGCAUCGCUGUGGACGCACAGCCCGGAUAGGACACGGUGGCAGCGCUCUGGUGUUCCUACUGCCGAUGGAGGAGGCGUACAUCAACUUCCUGGCCAUUAACCAGAAAUGCCCCCUGCAGGAGAUGAGCCUCCAGAGAAACACAGUAGACCUUCUGCCAAAGCUCCGGGCCAUGGCCAUGGCCGACAGGGCAGUGUUCGAGAAGGGCAUGAAAGCCUUUGUGUCCUUCGUCCAGGCUUAUGCAAAGCACGAGUGCAGCCUCAUCUUCAGGCUGAAGGAUCUCGACUUUGCGAGCCUUGCUCGAGGGUUUGCCCUGCUAAGGAUGCCCAGGAUGCCAGAACUGAGGGGGAAGCAGUUUCCAGAUUUUGUGCCCACAGACAUCGAUACUGACAUGAUUCCAUUUAAAGAUAAAAUUAGAGAAAAGCAGAGGCAGAAACUUUUGGAGCAAAAAAGAAAAGAGAGGACAGAAAAUGAAGGGAGAAGAAAGUUCAUCAAAAAUAAAGCUUGGUCGAAGCAGAAGGCCAAGAAGGAGCGGAAGAAGAAGAUGAAUGCAAAGAGGAAAAAGGAUGAGGGUUCAGAUAUCGAUGACGAGGACAUGCAGGAACUCCUUAAUGAUACAAGGCUCUUGAAAAAGUUUAAGAAAGGUAAGAUCACAGAAGAAGAAUUUGAGAAGGGGUUGCUGACAAGCACCAAAAGAACAGUCCCGCUGACAGACUUAGGGGUCUCAGACUUGGAAGAGGACGGCUGACCUCAGCCUCAGGUGAAGGCUGUUACGCCACUGGCCCACACUCCUGCCCUUCCCGGAAGACUGUUCUGGAAAGCUGUCUGCGCUGACGGGGAAACACCAAAGAACUGGACACCCAUGAGCACUACAGUCCCGCCAGAGUCUCACAGAACUCGUUAUUUGAGUGGAAAUUUGUACUUUAUAACAAAUUUCAGGUGUCAGUAUUGAUUUUGAUUAAGUGUACUUUUUCUGGUGUAAUUUUGUACUUUAUUACUGACUUGAAAAUAUUUUCAUAUAUAUGAAAUAUUUUAUAUGAAUAUAUAUAAAAUAUAUUUUCAUAUAUACUUAAAUUAUUACCAUUUAAAAACAGAUACUGUAGCACACUUGAUUUUAGGCCUUGUAAAAUUUCUAAGUCAUAUGACCUCCCCUCUCCUUCCUCCCGCCCAAAUGUUGCAUGACCUGUGCAGGCCUGUCUGGAGCACCUGCAGAUGCACACGUGGCUAUGCCCAGUGGGUUCUGGGUUCUUUCUCUCCUUUGCAAUAGGGGCUACACUAUGUAGUCCAGGAUGCUUUGAGAAUGAUCCUCCUGCCUCAGGCUCUGUGUGCUGGGGUCACAGGCUGCGCCACCACACCCCGACUAGAGUGAGGACAUUUUCGAAUUGACUGUGGUGCUAUUUUAUUGGCAGAUAGGUGUAAGCCAGGGAUGGAAUUCUGUCCUAAGACAGUGCUGCUAGGCCGUUUGUGGUUUUCCGCCCAACUGUGCUUAUAGUUUCUGGCCUUGGUCUCCUGGUACUGAUGCAAUACCAUAUCCAAAUCGUUCAUAUAAUUUAUUAAAAAAAGAUCCUGA